AUUGUUGCCGUCAAGGCGUUUCGAAAGCGGGAUCGGGACGAAACAGAAAAAUCGUAUCACAAACGUAUGACAAGCGAGUUUUGUAUCAGCAAAGCCCUGCGCCAUCCUCACAUUGUAGAAAUGUUUGAUCUCUUGAAAGACCACAAAGGCAGGUGGUGUUCAGUUAUGGAAUAUUGCUCAGGAGGCGAUGUUUUUACAGUCAUGCAAGAUUAUGAGCUUAAUGACAAUGAAAUUGACUGUUUAUUCAAACAACUUCUCAAAGGCCUCGCUCACAUGCACAGCUGUGGGGUUGCGCAUCGAGAUAUCAAACCGGAAAACCUGGUAAUGACCUCAGAAGGUGUUCUCAAGAUCACCGACUUUGGUGUUGCAGAUGUUUUCCAAUCGUGCUUUCACAAAACAACCCAUCUGUCCCACGGCCACUGUGGAUCUGCACCAUAUUGGCCACCCGAACUAUUUGCCCGCGCAGAAAACGACAACCUGGGUUAUGAUGGUCGUGCAUUCGACAUCUGGAGUGCAGCUGUUACAUGGCAUUGCCUACUUUACAGACGUAUGCCAUUCUUAGAAGCAUCUGAUACAGACGAGAAGUUUAUGGAAUAUUUGGAACAGCGGUCAACUCAGUCUUGGACUCCUUUGAGCAAAUGUACUGAUAAGGAGAAGGAUUGUAUGUAUGGUAUGUUUGAUCCCAACCCUACAACACGGUGGACUGCCCAGAAAUGUUUAGACUCUCAAUGGGUAGAAAAUAUUGAAGUUUGU